CCUGCAGCUCCAGCUCAGAGAAAACAGUGAACAGUCAACAGUACUUCUUUGUGUCGAUGUUUUGUCCUGUGUGUGCCGUGUCUUUGGAGAAAAUUAAAUAUUUUUUUCAUGAAGUCCUCGACACAGUUAGCUGACGUUAUUUAACUGGCUUUGUGUCCGCAGGUUCCCAUGGAGACGGUGGAUUAACUAAUCAGCCUGGCUCACGUUAGCGAAGGCUGAACAAUCAAUGGCAUAAUUGUAGAUGAAUUGUUAAUGAAGAUAACUGUGAGCUGCCCCGGGUCCACAGCCUGUCCUGAUGUCUGGUCCAGAGAUGGAGGAGCAGAGGGAGGCAGGAGGAGGUGCAGACCACUGGGAGAACAGAGGAGGUGUCAGGUAUAUAACAGAGGCCUUGUUGUUGAAGCUGACUGGUUGUCAUUCUCUGGCGAUGGUUUGCUCUCUGAAUUUGUCAUCCUCACCUGGAGACAAACGCAUCAAGUUCAUAGAGAACCUGCAGGGCUGUCAGCGUCUGCAGGUUUUGAACUUGAACAACAACAUGAUCCAGAGGAUGGAAAGACUGAACGCUCUGACACAGCUGAGGGAGCUGCAGCUGGCACACAACAACAUCCAGAGAAUUGAGGGACUGGAGCACUUGUCCAGACUGCAGCAUCUGAACCUGUCCUACAACAGGAUCGACCACAUUCCUGUGUGGCUGGGGAAGAAACUGCACUCACUGCACACACUCCACCUGCAACACAAUCUCAUCGCAUCUCUAUAUGAGGUGGCCCGACUUCGUUCUCUGAGCAGCCUCUCGGAGCUGUCUGUGUCAGGAAACCCCGCCUCCUUGCUGCCGCACUCCCGCCUCUUCUUGCUCUAUCACCUCAGGACCCUGGACAGGCUUGAUGAGCUGCCAGUUGCUCAGGAGGAGCGAGGACAUGCCCAUCAGUGCUUCAACACCGAGGAGUUGGAGCGUCUGCAGCGGGAGGCGAACAGCAGCCAAUCAGAGUUGAGCAGGCUGCAGAGGGAGCAGCAGGCUGCAGUGACUCGACUCCUCCAGCAGGAGGAGACAAACCGAUUGCUGACAGCUCAGACACAAACACAACAACAUGCACACUCACUGCUGGAGCAAGAACUACACACCAAGAGUCAGUUGUUGGAGAAGACGACAGCUGAGUUGACCAGCGCCCUUCACAGACUGUACGAGCUGGAGCAGGAGGUGACUUUCUACAAGAUAGAUACCAAACUGAGCCCUCUGCCCCCCUGCAGCACACAGGAAGUUGACAGAGAGGACAUAGUGGUUGAGAGUCUGUGCAUUGGCAAGGCUCGACCCAUCAGGAGCACCAUCACCUCCAGCUCCCAAGAGUACUCCCCUUUCUCCUCCCUGCAGACCCAUGAGGGUGCAGAUGUUCCCCCUGUUAUCGAGUCAUCAUGCCCCCUGCUGGAAGACUGCAGAACACAGCAGAGUACAGCUGAGGCAGAUGUCCUGCAGCAGACCCAUCACACUGAGCAGCAGCAGGACGGAGAGCAGCUCCUGCCUGAGGAGACCACAACACACACACAGCAGAGGGCGCUGUGUCAUCUCCUCAGUAAACUGACUGUCCUGGAGGGGCUGAGAGACGAAGCUGAUGAGACGCAGAGACAGUUGGACAGACAGACUGAGGAGAGCAGGAAGACGGAGAGGGACACAGAAGAACUGGAGACACAGCUAGAGACGCUGGACUCCACAGACCCACAUCACGCCCAGUUGAAUGCUCAGUUGUCCGGUUGCAGACAGAUGUUGGACAGGAUGAGCAGGAAGCAGAGUGAGUUGGAGGGUCGCCUCGAUGACCUGCUGUCACGCAUUGCCAUGGAGACGCAGGAGAUCAAAGAGCUCGAGCAGCAGCUGCCUGAUGGUCAGAUUUGGUCAAAUGCAGCUCUUCAGAGAGAUUUGGAGGGAAUCAUCUGUGGACUGCAGGAGUACCUGAGUGGCCUCAGAGAGCAGGCUCGUCGUGCUCAGGAGCAGGUUCUCAGUCUGCAGACUGAGAACCAGAGUCUACAGCUUCACCUGGAAGACAGCCAGAGACACUGCAGCCAGCUGGAGGACACUGCCAGGACUCUCACACAGAACAUGUCCAUGCAACAGGAGGAGCUGUCUGUGUUGCGUGUGGAGGCUGAGACUCUGAGAGGCAGGCAGGUGGAGAGCAGCAGACAGCAGGUGGAGCUGGAGGCAGAGCUCCAGGAGCUGAGGGCGGAGCUAACCCGACAGGCCACAGUGGGACAGUUGGAGCGUGAUGCUCUGCAGGCAACUGUAGACAAAGAGCAACAGAGCAGAGAGAUCAGAGAGUCUCAGCUACAGUCAACCAUCGACAUGCUGCAGGAUGAGAAUUCAUCUCUCCAGCACAUUGUCCAGAGACUUCAGGCCCAACUAGACCAGACCGACUCCCAGUUACACCAGACCAGGACCCAGUAUAAUGAAACCACAGCCCACCUAGACCAGACCAGAAUUCGGCUGGACCAGUUUACAGUGGCCUUGUUGGAUCCUCAGGAGGUUCACCCUGGACCAGAGGAGCUGGAUGAGGACAAGAGCAGUCCUGUCGCUCCUGAGGUCCUGUUGGCCAGAAGUGUGGAGCACCUCUACAGGACCCUCCAGCAGACCAGGACCAGCAGGAAGCAGCCCCAGCAGGACUUCAGCCACAGCCAGGAACAGAUAACCAGACUGCAGGCCCAGCUGGCCCAGGACCAGGGCCACAAAGCCCAGCUGGAAGCCCAGGUAGACCGGGACAAGGAUCUGGUGGAUUGUGGUGCGGUGCAGAAUCAGGAGGCAGACUGGAAGCUGAAGGAGGAGCUGGAGAGACUGAGAGUCAAACUACAGAGGAGUCAGAGCAGAAACAGACACCUGGAGUUGCAGCUGGAGCAGAGUUGCCUCCAGCUUCAGGAUGUCCAGCAGGAAAGAGACUCACUGCUGCGGCAGGUCAGGUUUUCACCAUGUCCUAGUAGAUGUCCCCCAUGUUAUGUGUGUCCGCUGCUUUCACAGAGCGACGGGCACCAGAGGAGCAUUGGCCGCCUGAACAGGAAGCUACGGCAGCUCAGCAGGUUCAUUUGUGACUCUGAUCAGCUGACAGCAGAACAGCUGAAGUCAAUUGUCAAACAGCUGAGAGCUCUGCACCACACUGUGGAGCUGCUGCAUACACAGAAGACUGUGGACGAGCUAGACAGCAGCCGUCACCAGGCUGAACGCACAGCAGAGGAGCUGAGGGCCGAGCCGAGGGCCGAGCCGCGGGCCGAGCCGGCUGCAACUCAGAGACACACACACACACCGAGGCAGCAGCUGGGCCGGACCAGGACCAGAGUCGGAGGACAGUGGUGCUUCAUACCUCCUGGACACAGCGCUCACACUCUGGUUUCUCUGAGGACUCAGGACUCUGGUUUGGGGCUGCACUACCUCAGGUCUCCUGACAGGGAGCAACAGCCGAAGAGGCCUCCUCCAGGAGGAGGGCACUGGGUCUACAUCCCUCCGACACACCCCGACUCUGACACAGCAGCAGAGUGGAGGGACAGCGGAGGAGGCAGCGACAGGAGCUCCAGGGAAGGGACUCCCCCUCCUCCUCCCGAGCCAGCUGCAGUUGUCUCUGCUGGGCUCUCUGACAGCCACACUCCCCUGGUUGGACCCACCUGGCUGCUGUGUAGCUCGCCUGCAGCCGGCGUCUACAGUGCUGCAGCAGAGGGCACGGCUCUGCACUGUAACAUCCCCGAACACAGAGACACGCAGGGAGAGAAGUGUGAGCAUGUCCAUAGAGAAGCAGGGAGGCUGGAGGAAGAGAAGAAACUCCGACUGGAGACCAAACAGCUACGACGCACACUGAGGCGACACAGGAGUGUGAUGCAGGUGUGUGACGAGGUGGAGUGUGUGGAAAAGACUCUUCUGAAAAGACGAGCUGAACUCCGCCAGGCUGACAGGCUGCUGCUGGAGGCCCAGAGCUGCAUACACACCACCAGAGACAAGGCCAGUGCAGCUCAGUGGACGGCAGACAAGUUGCAGCGCAGAGCUCACAACAGCGCCACCCAUCUGCUGGAGGCCACACAGCGCCUCAGAGAGCUGCAGGAGGACAUGGGGGGUCUGAGGAGGAGGAGGCAGGAGGAGGAGCAGACUCUGAGGAAGGUGCAGGAGGUGCUGAGGAGCAGAAACCAGGAGUUCCAACAGCUCAGCACAAAGCUCCAGUCAGCCACAGACAGACUGUCUGAUGUGCUGUCCCACUGUCAGGAGGCUCAGAACCACCUGGACUCUGUCAACUGUCAGGUGGAGCAGCAGGAUCGGAGGCUUGUUCAAAGGAGGGAGGAGCUUCAGACGGCUCUGAAACGAGUGGAGGAGGUCCGAGAGGAGGAGCAGCGACUGCAGAGCAGAGUCAAGGUGCUGGUGGAGCAGCAGGAGGCUCUGCUGAGUGACAGGAGGUCUACAGCAUCAGCUCUGAGAGCAGAGGAGAAGAAACUCCACACACUGCAGUGUGAUCUCAGGACACACACAGCAGAGUUGAAACGAGUUCUUCAGGAGCUGCUUGUAGAGCAGCAGGCAUUGGAGAACGUGAAAACCAAACAUAGCCAGACGCACCAACGGCUGCACAAGAAGCAGGAUGAGCUGGACAGGACAAAGCACGAGUUGGACAGAACGAUGGACGAACUGGACAGGAAGCAGCAUAAGCUGGACAGGAUGAGGGACGAGCUGGACGGACUGCAGAACGACAUGGACAAGAAACAGCAGGAGGUGGAUGGGAAGACGGAGGCACUGGACAAACUGCAGGAGGAAGUCGACAGGACACAGAAAGAACUGUCUGUGCUGCAACAGCAAGUAGAGUCCUGCAGGACAGAGGCCAAGGCGUGUGUCAAAGACACAAAACGGCAGAGGACAGAGCUGCAGGAGCUGCAGGAGGAGCUGUGCAGGAGCAGGGAGGAGAGGAGCAGCCUGCAGGAGCAGUGCAAACACAUUGAGGCCAGACGGAGGCACGCUGACAGGUGUCUGUUGGCAGUGGAGGUGGAGCUUGCCAAACAGAGGGAGGAGCACAACUACACCCAGCAUCUCAAACAGGAAGUGGUCAGGGAUACAGCAGCCACUCGGGAGCAGCUCAACAAGAGCUCCGAGCUGCUGUCUCUGCUCAGUGAACAGGUGGAGGAGGAAGCAGCAGCUGGAACAGGUCAUGUCUAUUAUACAUUGUUAUAAUACAUGUAUACACUUAUAACAAUGUAUUAAUAAACUUAUGACAAUUUCUCCAAAACCUGAAACGUGCUGAGCUUCAUAAACACAGAUGUUAGGGCAGUAGCGUUGCAUCGCAGCACAUACACAGGUGUACAGGGGUACCUAAUAAAGUGGCCGGUGAGUCUGUACUGGUUAUGCUGGGUAAAUAGUGGAUAAGAGUAAAGUGUAAGGGGUUUGAUGUGGACACAGUGACUACAGGAUGGACACAGAGCAGUGUCAUAAACUGUACUUGUCCUUUAAUGUCUGACGUGCAGCACAGAGAACGUGACAGCGGGGAGACAAUACUGGACUGGUUGGGAGCUGAAACUUACUGCAGCUUUGUCUUUUGUAAACACAUCAAACUGUUGUUUAUGUUAUUUGUGACAGACCUGACCUGUGCAUGAAGGACGAUGAUCAUAAACACUUUGUUACAGCUU